AGGCUCGAGCCCAAGGUCCUCCUCCCUCUGCUGCCAGGGGCCAGGGGCCAUGCCGCAGCGGAUGGCUGCGAGGGGAACCGUCCUCAUCGCCACGGCCUCGCCGCCCCAUCGCCCCGCAGCCCAGGGGGGGCUCACAAGGAGGAGCUCUUCGCAGGGGCUCCUCGCCGCGGCCGCCCUCCUCGCCGUGGACCCGUGGGGCUUCGCCACGGCCGGCGCGCCGGCGGGCGCCGCCGCCGCGCGGGGGGCCCCGCCGCCGCGCGGCGCUGGCUGCGCAGCGCCCGGCGCGCGCGGCCCUGAACCGGCGGAGGGCACUGCAGGCGCCCCAGCCUGGGCGCGGGCGCUGCUCGCAGCGGCGGCGGUCGCCAGCAUGGUCCUCGGCGUGCUGCCCAGGCCCGCCGUCGCUGAGGCCGGGGACAUCGACGUCUACUUCGGGCAGGGGUGCUUCUGGCACGUCCAGAACGAGCUGGUGAACCAGGAGGCGAAGAUCUUGGGCCGCUCGGGGACGCAGAUCACGGCCCUCACUGGCUACGCUGGCGGCACCAGCAUCGGGCCUGCCGGGGAGGUCUGCUACCACAACCGCUUCUCGGCUCCAGACUACGGCCAGAUGGGCCACACUGAGGUCGUGGGCAUGAGCGUCCCAGAGAGCAAGGUUGGCGAGAUCGGGAAGGUGCUCCUGGACUACGCGGCUUCGUCGCGCGCCGGCCGCCACGACCCGCAGGACCGGGGCCCGGAGUACAGGUCCGCCAUCGGGCUCCCGGGAGGCAAGCAGUUUCGUGACAAGAAGAACCAGCAGGAGGCGGACUCCAAGGUGAAUUGGUCGGCGUGCUCUCGGUGGGCUUGGGCGUCCAAGCUGCAGGCGUACCAGAACACGUGUUUGUGCGGGGCUCCGUUUGGCAACGUCCCUGCUCCUGUGGAGGAGGACGGAGGCGGCAGCUCCAGGAAAGGCAAGGGCAAGGGCAAUGGUGGCCAGUCCACGGCGGCGCUGGAGGCGCAGCUGGAGGCAGUCAUCAAGGAACGCUCGGGCACGGACCAGGCCAAGGCGGCCCAGGCGCUGCUCGAGGCCACGCGGGCGGCGGGCAAGAAACCCGAGGGCUCGCAGCCAGUCGCCCAGCAGGUGACGGCGGCGCCUUCGAAGGUGCAGCGGGCGCAAACGGUGUUUGACAUAGCUCAGACCCAGCAGCUGAAAUUGACCAUGGAGCUUGAGAAGUGUAAGGCCAACUCGAGGGAGGUUCUGCGGCGAUGGCGGCCGGGGCAGCUGGUCUUUGCAGCGCUGGGUGCCGCGUGCAUGGCGCUCGCUUCCCUGCAGCUGUUCAUUCUGCCCCGCAGGCGGCGCCAGUUCGACCACCUCCGCGGCAGCGGCUCGCGGACUGGGCUGGCGGCCAGCCCGAUCUCGGCCUGCAGGGAGGCCUCCUUCGAGAUCGGGGUCGCCGCCGGCGUCGCCUUCGCCACGUACGCGUCGUUCGCGAUUAAGACCUACCAGCGCCUGAAGGGGGAGGUGCUGCGAGUGGGGGGCCUCGCGGGCGGCCUGCUUGGACAGAAAAUCGACAGCUCGAUUGCCGUGCCACGCCCAGGCUGGACAGCCUAG